AUGAAGCAGUUAAGGUACCUUAACCUGUCCCACUCUGUUGGUUUUGCAACUGUUUCUCGUGACUGGGGAAAUCUCACUGAAUUGGAAGUCCUCGAUCUCCAUAAUUACAAUUACACGGUUGCCGUUGAAGACAUUCAAUGGGUUUCGCAUCUUCAUGCAUUGAAGUACCUUGACAUGAGCGGCCUGACUAUUACCGGAUCUGAAGACCCCAUGCAGCUUUUCAGCAUGCUCCCAUCUUUAUCACAUUUGAGCCUGUCAGCCUGUGGGCUUCAUAAACUUCACCUGCCUACUUCUCUUCAUCUUCAGUACCUUGAUCUUUCGGAUAAUUUUUUCCGAGGUCCUAUCUCGAGCACUCUAUUUCAAAACAUGACUUCUCUCCGGCACCUUGAUCUUUCAAUGAGUUUUAACUAUAUUUCAGUGAGUUUUUUCGAAGGUCUCAUUCCGAGCUCUAUAUUUCAAAACAUGACUUCUCUCCAGCACCUUGAUCUUUCACUAAACUAUUUCAAAGGUUCCAUCCCACGCGCUAUAUUUCAAAGCAUGACUUCUCUCCAGCAUCUUGAUCUUUCAUCGAAUAGUUUUGAAGGUCCCAUACCAUGCGCUGCAUUUCAAAACACGACUUCUCUCUCGAGCCUUGAUCUUUCACAGAAUUCUUUCGAAGGUCUCAUCCCAAGCUCUAUAUUUCAUAACAUGGUUUCUCUGUGGAACCUUGAUCUUUCAACUAAUCUUUUCGAAGGCCCCAUCCCGAGCCCUAUAUUUCAAAACAAAACUUCUCUCCAGUUCCUUGACCUUUCAGGGAACCAUUUGAACUCUUCAAUACCAAGGGGGUUCAAUAACUUGGGAAGUCUUGUCGAUCUCAAUCUUGAAUACAAUGUCUUGCAAAGCAUUGAAGGAGGGUUGUUCUGUUUCUUAAGGAACAAACCAUUCCUCGAGUCACUAUUCUUGGGGCAUAACGAACUUCAUGAGAUAUUUUCAGUUGAGCGAAAUUCUUCAGGGCUUAUCGGGAAAAACUUGGAGCAACUGCGGAUAAAUAAUAAUUUUCUUCAGGGAGCUUUUCCAGAAUGGAUGGUGCACUUGAAAAGCCUGACGAUACUUGACCUGUCACAUAAUCAAUUAACAGGGAAUAUUCCAGAGGCGUUAGGAAGUUUGCCAGUCUUAUCGUUUUUAGGUCUCGGUAACAAUCUUCUAAAUGGCACCAUUCCACACAGUCUCGGACAACUUCAAGAUCUUGACACUUUAGAUCUUUCCGCAAAUUCCUUGAGAGGAACAGUUUCCGAAAUCCACUUCUCCAAGCUCUCGAAGCUAUCGUCCUUGGAUAUCAGCUACAAUUAUUUAGCUUUCGAGGUGGAUUCCAACUGGAUACCGCCCUUCAAUCUCUCGCACAUUCGGAUGAUGUCUUGCACGUUUGGAACGGAAUUUCCCCUGUGGAUAAGAACGCAAGUUAAUGCAGAAGAGAUAGUUUUGUCCAAUGCCUCCAUCACAGGAGCUCUCCCAGAUUGGCUAAGUCUCAUGUCAAUAUCCCACCUGAAUCUCUCUUACAACCAAAUAAAUGGAUCUCUUCCGAAGUUUUCUUCUAACCUGUACUCGUUAGAUCUCUCUCACAACUCAAUCUCAGGACCUAUUCCGCAAGAUAUUGGCCUAGCAAUGCCUCUUAUAAAUUACUUUUUUCUGAAUGAUAACCUCUUAAGUGGUCCAGUACCGACCACAUUAUGCGAGAUGGAAUUGGUUGUGUUGAACCUUGGAAGGAAUGGAUUAGUUGGCAAAAUUCCUUCAUGUUGGACGGAGAACUCCUUUUUGGUUAUCCUGGAUUUAUCGUCCAACAAGUUGUCCGGAGUCAUACCGAGUUCUUUGGGAAAUUCAAGUGCGCUUAGCUCAAUACACUUGAACAACAACAGUCUCCAUGGCGAAAUUCCGGUGACUAUAAGCUAUUGCAGGUACUUGCGGAUUUUGGAUCUUGGCGAGAACAAAAUCUUUGGAAGUGUUCCACAUUGGUUUGGGCCAAGUUUUCAGUUUCUAGAGAUUCUUAGACUGCGAGAAAACACGUUCAAUGGUAGUAUCCCUUCCCAGCUAUGCUUACUCUCUGCAGUGCGCAUAUUGGACCUAGCAGUGAAUAAUCUGACAGGAACGAUUCCAAAUUGUCUUGGCCAUAUGAAAGGUAUGAAACUGAGCAACUCACUCUCCCCUGCUUAUGAUGGGGCGGCAAUUCCCUUGCCUUUUAACAUCACUCCAACAGUGUGGAAUCAACAGCAUGUGAAGCAGUUUGUGAAGGGGAUAGACCUUGACUACACAACACUGGAUCUACAGCUUAUGGUCAAUUUGGAUCUCUCAAGCAACAAAUUGAUUGGGCCGAUCCCCGAAGAGCUUACCUUGCUCUCCAUAUUGCGAGGCAUGAACUUAUCACGCAACUUUCUUUCUGGAGACAUCCCGGCUAUGAUUGGAGAUAUGAAAUCACUCGAGUCACUUGAUCUUUCUAGCAAUCACCUUUCAGGGACAAUACCACAGAGUUUUUCUGCGUUUACAUCACUGAGCAAACUAAACUUGUCGCACAACAACUUCACAGGGCCAAUUCCCAAAGGAAAUCAAAUCCAGACCCUUGAUGAUCCUUCCAUUUAUGCCGACAAUCCUCUACUUUGUGGCGAUCCUCUACAAAAGAAAUGCCCCGGCGCGGAGGCCCCUCAAGUGCCAGAAGAAGGUACCCAUGAAGAAAGUAAGCUUGAGAAGGCGAUGUUCUACGUGGUCAUAUUGCUCGGGUUUGCGACUGGGUUUUGGGGAGUUAUAGGAGUUUUGGUGUACAAGAAGAAUUGGAGAUGCGCCUACUUCGACUAUGUGGAUCGUAAAACAGACAUGGUCUAUGUCAUUGUUGCAGUGAAGGCAACUGAGUUGAGGAGGAGAUUCAGAAGACCAUAACAAGCCUGUCCUCCACAUCCAUCAGCCCAAUCCUUCAUUGAUCUCGUGAACUUUUUGCUUUCUUGUUCAAGCAGAUUCAUCUCUGUAGUUGGCUUGUUUCUCCUUAUUAAGCAGUAGCCUAG